AUGACAAUAAUCAGUAUAGAUGACAAAAAAGUACUGUCCACAUUCAUUUCCAACUGUGUUCACCUUGUUUGGGACAUACUACAGCUGGCUUCGAUGUUCACUUGUUCAGAUGACAACGUUAUUCAGCACGCAAGUAUCGAUUUUGGCCCAAACAAUCAAGUAAACCUCGGAAUAGACUGGUCAUGUCAAUUUAAUGACGUAAUUACGAAACUUGUCGUACCAAAUAGCUCUCCAAACACAUUAUUUGUACUAACAAAUGAAGGAUCGAUUCAUUUUUACGGCCGAUCAGCGAAUUACAAAUAUUUUCGAUCCAUACGUGAAAUAAACUUCCAAAUAGAAGGUGAGAAAGUCAUAGACAUCGCUGAUUCUUUCUCAGAUUUUUUAAUUUUAAUGACAGAGCAUAUGAUUUGUUUUUAUCAUACUUUGAAGUUCAAAAUAUCAUCAGUAAUAACUACAUCAUUGAAAUUUACUUCAUUUACCCGUUUAAUUACGAUUCCGAAAUAUCCUUUCAAAUUUUUCACUUUAACUAAGCACAAAACAUUGAUUCAAUGGUGUUUUGACUUUGAAACAGGAUCCUUCAAAAUAAUACCCAAUCCUUACAAGUUUAUGACCAAAAACACGGAAAUGGUGAAUACUUUAUCAAUUUCUGAGAAUGGGUUCUAUUAUUUAUCGGAUAAAUUACGUAUUAUUAACUUAUCUGUCGAAACUACUGAUAUAAUGGUCCAAAAAAGCUUCGACAUCCCAAUAAUAAGUUAUCCGAAAUUAAUUUCAGCGAUAGGAAACAAUAUUGCGUUUAUUAAUUAUGCCAGGCAGCUUUGUAUCACGAAUAAUGGUAAAGUGAAUACAAUAAUUAACUCUGAAGGUCCAAUAAUUGGAUUAGCUUUUCCAUCUCCUUCUUUGAUCAUGUAUAUCACUGAAAACGAGUUCUAUUCGUUAAGUAUCAAGCCACCAAUGUACAAGAACUUGAUUUUGACCAGUAGUUUCAUCGACCAAACAAAAUCAAUAAAUUUCCAAGACAUGAAAGAGUCAGGAGGCAUCGUAGCUGUGAGGAUUGGACAGAACAGAAUAUUCGUAAUCAACUCAAAGGACCAGAAACAGACAGAAUUGUACUUUUUCGAAAAUUUAGUUGAUUAUUACAUAACAGAGAUGAAAGAACCUUCAUUUGUUCUUACUGUUGGUCUGAAAGGAAAGAAUACAAUCAUUCUCGAUCCGAAUCAUAACGUUCUCAGCGAUAAUAAAGUAGAUUUUUCCGAAAUCUCAACAACUGUUAAGAUAAAUGACGAAAUAAUGUUACUUAAGAAGAAUGGAACACUUGUUACCACCACAGAUCUCAUGAAAAUGAUGACUUUCCCUAUACAUCAGUCAGCUAUUUAUCAUAAUACGAGUAGCACCAUUUGUAUCUCUAAUUCGACCAACAUUUAUGUGUUCUCAGUCAAAGGAGAGGCUCCCCGUGAGACACAUUCCUUCAACGACAACGAAAUCAACUUGAUAUCAUUUGAUGGCUACACAAUAACAUAUUUGAACAAGGCAAAGUCAGUGAAACAAGUCAUGUUGUCGAUAAGAAGUGGUUCUAUGACGAAUAUCCACGAAAAACCACAAAAUAAUUUCCCAACCACUUAUUUUUCGAAUCCAGAAGUGAUGAAGAAUGCAUUAAUAGCAUCAGCAUAUAUCAUGGAGAAAGGGGAUCAGCCUCCCGAUGAUGUCAGUGAAAUUAAAUUUUUCUUUGAUAUCAAACAAAGGCCAAUUACAUUGUUAAAGGGUGAAAACACGUCUAGAUUAUAUAGAGGAGCAUUUAUGUCUCUUAAAGGUGUUGAAAUUGAUGACGAUAUGCGUUUGCAGUUUGAAGAAUGUUGUAAUUCAUGGACAAAAUCUAGUCGAUUCAUCAAUUCCGCUGUUAUGCAACAUUUCCUUGGUGAUGAGAAGUCCGCUGCACAAUCAUUGAUCGAAAUGAAACAAUACGAGUUAGCCGCAUCAUAUUCCUUCGAACACUCUUUUUAUGAUAUUGCUAAGAUGGCCGCAGCACACUACGCAUUCCAGCGUGCAUCUAAAGGUAUGUCUGUUGAAGCUGCAUCAGUUCUUAUGACAUUUGACGAAUAUCAUGCUGCAUGCCACAUUUUGUACAAUUCACAGUACUUUGAGAAGAUGAAAGCAUGUGCUCUUAUUGGUAUCGAGAAAGGCAAACUUACCGAAUGCAAAUUUGGCAAAGACUUGACUAUUGUUGACCUUGUUCCUAUUGACGAAAUCUUAAGAAUUUCAAAUCUUCAUUAA